CCUUCUUUUCAUCUCAAUCAAGUAUGGAAUAGUCACAAACCUGAUAGUCUAAUCAAUCCAAAUCUAUGUUUCGUUCCGUCUUUCGGCCCUCCCGCAAUUACUGCUUGCGACUUCCUACCUUCCGGCUCUUGCAUCGAGUCACUGCGGAUUUCUCGAGUCACGACACCGACGGAAAUUUGGUGACCAGAAAGGUUCCUAUUGUCGUUGGAGACCCAGGGGAACAUUAUGUCUUGAUCUUCCCAGAAGUUGGGAGGGCUCUCUGUGCGGAAAGCCACGCGUCAGCUGCUGCGACGGUCAGAGAUAAGUGUAAACUUAUGUUUUGCCAUAACUCUCGAUCUUUUGGGGCUGGCCUGUCCGGCUACCCCCGUCUCUAUGUCCCAAGCAUUAUCCCACACCAAACAGACUCGGAUGCUAGUCCUGCUACGUUAUUUUUGAGUGGCAAGAUGCAUGAGAUUACCCUCGAUGGAACCCCUGAUGCCGCAUUUGCUCAUCACUCACACGCUACCUGUCAGAAUCUCGCGAGCGUACUGGAUCAACUGAAGGAUAUGUGAGAUUAGAGCGGUUGCUUUGAUCUCCCGUCUAGGCUCGACGUCUACGUUUUACGAUGAGUUAUUGCAUUUAGGGCGCUCGGAGCGAAAUACUGGAAUGGUUACAAAUAAGACCUACCGAAUUGUACUGUACCCAAAUGCUAUGACCGUGAAAAACAGUCUCUUUCAAUUUGCAGGCGGAAAGGAGAAAACUUCACGCUCAAGCUCUCUUAUGAUCCUUCCAAUUC